AUGGGGGGGGGGGUUACAACUCUUGUUUAUACCGAAACAUUGUGUCAUUUUAUCUCUUCUUUUACUUCAAAAACUUCACCUGAAAAAAGACAAUUUUGCUGCCCCUGUAUUUCUUUCACCACUGUUAGGGAAAGGAGCCUUGCUCUGCCACCGGAAGCAUCGACGUUUACUGCUAUCGAGGAGAGGUACAAUCUUGGGAGGAUACAACUCAAAGGGGAAACCCCAGAGACUCGUAGCAAUUGGAUUUCUGUGGUUGAUUUCUCGUCCACCAUAGAUUCCGCUGAUGAAGCUAAGGUUGUAGUGGAGUCCAAUAGCCUAGCACUUGUAAAAGAUGAUUGGAGUCAGGUUGAUGAAAAAAGGAUCGAUAAGUACAGGGCUGAUGUGAAAGCACUAGAAGAGUACAAAACUUCAUUUCCUGGAGUUAUGUCGUCGAGCAAUACUGCAUUUGGCCUGCUUGGUGACUCCAAGCUCUUUGAUGUUAAAAACUCAGAUGAUGAAGGAUCGAGCACCAAGAUCGCCAAGAAGAAGAAGAAGGUGAAGAGACUAAUAAAGGCGUCCGAGAACGAGCCAAGAAAGAAAAGCAAGCAUGACCAUGCUCUCGAGAGGGAAGCCAUUCUUGAGAAGAACGAGACAAUUCCACCUGUUUCCGAGGGCGCAAAAGGAAUCCCCAUGCGUACUGCAAUGAUAAGCUUCUUACUCCGCUCGAAGAAUCUGAGGCAAGAUCUUGCCAAGGCCAAAGCUGAGAAGAAGGAGAUCGAGCAGGAGAAAACUGCCCAAGGAGCAAACUUGGAGAAGGAGCAGCAAGUUCGUGCUGCCAAGGAACAAGAGCUUGCCUCUUUGCAGGCGAAGUGUAAUGAGCUGGAGGUGAAAAUGAGAGAAUAUGGGGAUUCCCACGUCUCGAAGACAGACCUUCAGCAAUGGCUUGUAACCUUUUGGUUUAGAGUGUUGUCAUCUAAUGGCAUGGCCAAUGUCAUGAUGAAAAUUAAUGAAAUGGCCAAGGAGUUUGGUGGCCAUGGCGGAGAUGCCUUGGCGAUCCAAGCCGGCCCUCCCGAUGACGAGCUAAGAGUUCCUGAGGUGUCAGACAGCAACAUUGGCAUUGAACUUGCUUCUGAUGAUGAUUUCUCAGAAGAGAUGCGCUCUGGGAAUGCGGGGACUAAAGAAAAGGAACCCCAAGCUGAGAAGAAUGCCGAGGAGACUUUUGAGCCUACUCCAAUGCAGGGGCCUGAAUCAUACUUCAACCAUCGAAUCUACAUGAUGAUUUUGGAUGAGGAUCAAGCCAAGAAAUUCCCCCUAUACUCCAUGAUUUCUAACCUCUUGAGGAAGAGGGAAGUCAUCCAUAACAUAAGGGUAGUGAAGCAACUCGAGAAGGAUAUCCUUGAUGCAAUUCAUGCGUACAAUGUGCAAAUCCAUUCUCGACUGAUGAAUAGCCUUAAAGAGAAGGAGGAAGAAAUGCAACGGCGCCUCCAUCAGUAUGACCUGGAUUAUCAUGAUUCCUUGAUACUGGAGCAGAAUAUUGUCGAGGAGGUUGCUCAUUUGAAGGAAGAAAACGCCAAGCUGAAAGCUGAUAAGGGGAUUGCAGUGUCACCAUGGUUCCUUGAGAAGCAUGACAUACUCUCGAUAGUCGAGUAG